AGGAUGUUGAAGAUGAAUCUGUGGAUGUGAGGAAACCGACUAAGAGUACCAAGCGAAGCCGAGUUACUAAGGAAGGCUUUUCUAUGUACUUUAUAGAGCCUCAAAAUGGGGUGAGAUAGGAAUGCAGCAAAUGGGUUUGCAAGCACACCUUACGAGCCAAGCACUGCAUAAGAUGUCGGGCAAUGCCUCAAAAGCUGGUUUUACUCUCAUUUUCUUGAAUCAAAUAAGAUAUAAGAUAAAGGAAAGUGGCUUAUUUGGAUACAGAUGUUGGACAGCCAGAGUUCACGACUCCUGGCUGUCUCUCACUACAUCUCAUUGAUGAACAAAUUCUAGGUAGAACUCUUCCUGUUAUUUGGGCAUGAGUUUUCUUUACAAAUUUGGUUGAAUUCUAGGUACAACUCUUCUAAGAAGUUCUGGUAUCCUGUAAUUAUGUUCUUAUUAUUUGAUUCAUUUUAUCCUACAUUCGUAGGUUUAGAUUUGAUUUUCAGGAAAUUGGGUGUAAAAGCUUUGAUGCUUAUUUAAUGGUGUACUGACAGUUGAAUUGUUGAAGUUUCUUCUUCAUUGAUGUCUGUUUGUUUGACAGGGUUGUCAGGAGAUCCAAAACUCGGGUGGACCACACCUCAUGAAACAAUGGUGAUUGAACGCUCACCAUUAAAAAUUUCUUGGGGGCCACCAGUUGUGUAUUUUCCAUCCAACUUGAAAGGACCACACAAAUAUCAGCUUGAUCCAAAACUUUUGUGGGCUCAAUCAUCACUAUUUCCUGUCGGUGGUAUACCAGAUUUAGUUAUUCUCAUUUCACAGUUGUCACCUCAUUUACUUGGAUGUCACAAGACACCACAAUCUACACAGUUCUAUUUCAAUCCAAGAAUAUGGUUAUAAAACUGAUGCUUUUGCAAGUAUAUGUGAACAGAUGCAGUGGGUCUCUUGGAACAUGUAGCUAAUUGAAAAAGAAAAAGAAAAACACACACACACAAAAAAAAAACAUGUUAUUUUUUAUUUCUAUGACAAGUCAUGGGUGUGGUCGUGUAUGAGAAAAUUUUGCUGCCACUCCUUUUAUUCUGAUAAAAUUUGGCACUUGUGAGCAUAGUUAAUUUGAUGUUAAAAUUUCAAUUAUAGUGUUUUGUAGUCUGUUCAGAUGCCGAUUUACUUGUCCUUAUUGUCUCUUUGGAUUCUCUUUACACAGACAUACACUUCUCUGCUGAUUUUAUUAUUAACAUGUUUUCUUUCUUGUGAUCUAAAAGAUAUGCAGCGAGGAAUACAAUAGGCCUACAUGCACGUUGUUAGGUGUUCAAGCAGAGUUAUCAGUGAUUGUUUCAGACAUGACUAUGCUAUCAAUGGUGGGAAUUCCAAAGCAUCAAAACAGGAAUUUCAAGAUCUCCAUUACUUUCCUUCCGGAUCUCAAAUCCGGCUCCAGAUCUCGCGAUUCAUGGUUUUGUGUAGAGUUCUUGUAAGUUCUAACCUCCUUCUGGUUUUGCGUAGAGUUCAAAACAAAAGGCAGAGAACUGAACCUUCGUCUCCUCUCCUCUUGCUCGAAUUCCACGCAAUCUCGUCUUCUUCUCUCUCCCUACGCCAGCUUCUUCGACUGAUAUUCAAGGCUUUGAUCGAAUCGGAAUAUGAAAAAUCAAUCUUUGCUGUGUUAUAUGAAGGGCAAGGAGGGCCUGUACAGAGUAGGGAGUACUUCGCCUCAACUGGUGCAAGGCUGAAUGGGAAAGAAAUGAUUGCAGAAGGUCUCGCAACCCAUUUUGUCCCAUCUGAGUUACCGAUUCAUCUGAAAGAAGUAAUAGGGGAAAUCAACGCAACUGGGCUGGUGGACGCAGGUUUUUCUGGUAACAAGUUCACAUGGUAUAACAAUCAGUUUGGUAAUGCGAGAGUGUGGGCCAGGCUAGACAGAGUGCUGCUCAACACAGAGUGGAUGAAUUCCUUCCCUCUGUUUCGUGUGGAUAAUUUUCUGUGAGCCUCUUCAGAUCAUGCACCCCUCCUUUACUUUCCUAGUCACCACAACAGACGUGGUGAAGCCAUUCAGAUUCCAAAGGAUGUGGCUGCAACAUAAUGGUUUCCUGGAUGUAGUAAAUCGGCUUGGGAGGGUGAAGCCGACUCCCAGCCAAUGAUCAAUGUGAUGCUCGAAAUUAAAAGGGUCAAGUUGGUGCUCAAUAUUUGGAACAAAAUAG